UCAACUUCCGCUCUUUUUCAGUUUUCUAUUCAUUCGGGUAUUAUGUAUCAAAAAACGCCGCCAGCAAUGCCAUUUUCGUAAUUCCAAUUCCUAACAAAAUUUCCCUUAAACGAACACCCUUUCUCUUACUUUCUUUUUGCUCUUCUUCUCUCGUUGCAAAAAUAUGGCGAGUACGUGGAGAAAGCUUAAGAAAUCUCUGAUUCCGAAAAUCUCUAUCAACCACCACCACCGCCGCUCCUCCUCUUCCAGUUCCUCCGCCAACGGCAUUGCUUCUUCGCCUUCCUCCUCCGUCUCUCUCUCUUCCUCUCUCCUCUCUUACAGCUUCAGCUUCCGAUCUUCUAAGAAGAUUUGUGCAAUUUGCUUGGGAAGCUUGAAAAAGGGAGAAGGCCAGGCCAUCUUCACAGCCGAGUGCUCUCAUCCUUUUCACUUCAAUUGUAUUGCAACCAACGUGCAGCAUGGAAAUCGCAUUUGCCCCAUUUGCCGCUCUGAAUGGAAAGAUAUCCCUUUCCAAGCACCUUCAAAUGCUGCUGAUUCCCGGCACAAUAACAGCACGAGCCGAGCCCAAGCGUCUCCCUAUAAUGCUCCACUUGAAGAUACUUUUGUAUCUGGCGUCAGUCGUAAUUUACUUCAAUCAACCCUGCCUCAGUUUGAACCUGACUACUUUUCUGAUGAUGAACCGAUUCCAGCCAUCCAUGCAGGCCCUGCAUCAUCCACUCGUCCACAAACCAUAACCAUUAAGGCAGUGCCAGAGUUUCCUGCUGUCUUAGCUUCAGAUGCUGCGUCCAAGUUUGCUGUUCUUGUUGGCAUCCGUGCUCCACCUUUUCAUGUUGAUGUCCAAGAAUUUGAUCGUGCACCCAUCGACCUAGUUGCUGUGCUUGAUGUAAGCGGCAGCAUGGCUGGCAAGCUUGCCCUUCUUAAGCGUGCUGUUUGCUUCAUCAUACAAAACUUGGGCCCUUCAGAUCGGUUAUCCAUAGUUACUUUCUCAUCAUCAGCUCACAGGAUGUUACCAUUGCGAAGGAUGUCCGGCAGUGGUCAUGAUGAUGCUAUCCGUGUCAUCAAUGCCCUUACCUCUAGUGGUGGGACAAACAUCGUGGAAGGUCUAAAGAAAGGGGUUAAGGUUCUUGAAGAGCGACGUGAGCAGAAUCCCAUUGCAAGCAUUAUCCUCCUAUCUGAUGGCCAUGAUACAUUAAAUGGUGAUACUUACAGACUAUACCGCAGUGUACAGAAUCACACUUUAAAUCCAAGGCACAAUUUGCAGUAUCUUUACCUCCUGCCUCCUUCAAUUUGUCCCAGGAAUAAUGCAUCUGGUGCUGAGUCGCGGCAGCUUACCAUCCCAGUCCACACAUUUGGAUUUGGUUCAGAACAUGAUUCUAAUGCAAUGCAUGCCAUAUCUGACGUAUCAGGUGGCACAUAUUCCUCUAUCGAGUCAAUUGACAUUUUACAGGAUGCAUUUGCUAGAUGCAUUGGUGGUCUUCUCAGUGUUGUAGCUCAAGAUGUCCAACUAACAAUACAAUCGAUUUCUCCUGGAGUCCAAAUUGGUUCGAUUCCCUCUGGGAGAUAUAAGAGUGAAAUCCUUUCUCAAGGGCAGAAAGCUAUCAUUUAUGUCGGAAGUUUAUAUGCAGAUGAAGAGAAGGAAUUCCUGGUAUACCUCUCAAUUCCAGCAUCAACAUAUGCUGAUGGUGAGAAAAAGUUGGGUAACAUGUUAUUGUUGGAUGUCUUGUGCUCGUACACGUAUUCAACAACAAUGGAGAUCUUUCAUUUGAGCUGCGAGAGAGUUGAGAUAAGACGACCUGAGGUUUUGUCUCCUACGGACGGGUUGGUGUGCUUGGAGGUUGAUCGACAGAGGAAUCGUCUGUGUGUGGCGGAAGCUAUUGCAAAUGCUCAACGGAUUGCUGAACUGGGAGAUUUAGAGCAUGCGCAGGCUGUGCUGUCAGAGCAAAGAAUAGCUUUGUCAUCUUCAGUAUCAGCCCAAGCAGGGGACCGCCUGUGCAAUUGGCUUGAGGCAGAGCUGAGAGAAACCAGGCAGAGAAUGGCAAAUAUGGAGUUAUAUGAACAGACUGGGCGGGCAUAUGUUCUCUCAGGGUUAAGCUCACACUCAUGGCAGAGGGCCACAACUAGGGGCUACACAACAACAAUCAUACCGGAAGAAGGUGUAAAUCCAGGCACUAGUGGGACAAUCAGCUAUGAAACUCCUUCGAUGGUCAACAUGGUGUCGAGAUCACAGGUUCUCAAUUAUGUAUCCCCGCAACAACCUCAAAGGCUUAGCAAGUCAUGCAGCCAGGUUCAACGAAAUAAAUAAGGGUGGUGUAUAUAGUUUAACUGGAUAAGGCAAUUGUUUCACCAGCAUGGUAGAGUGCUUUCAGGUUGGUAGCAGUAGUGAUAUGGAAAUUCAACACGAUGGUUGUAUUUUUAUUUCUUUUAGCUGGUUUUAGCUGUUCUUACAUUCGAUUGUUCACAAAGUAGAUUAUGUCAAGUGGCUUUUAUAAAGUAGAGAUAUUGCAGCAACAGAUCUGAUUGGUGCUGCUUGACUCCUUCUAUGGGUUAAUGCUCAAACAUUUCUUCUUGUUAUCUGAAAAACUGUACUUUCAUAGUACAUGAGAAUAAGGAGAGUACUCGGCUUAAGUAAUAAGAGGAGGACAGCUUAUGAUGGUGA